AAAAGAACCGCCGGGGAAGGAUAAUCUAAUAUACUUGCAUCACCAAACAUUCUGUAUAAUAUUGUAGUUCUUUUAGUUUAGGGAAAUACGAUUGAAUAUCCGAAUUAUUCAAGCGUUAAUAUCUGCAUAAUAUUCAGCCUAGUUUCAUUUUUACUAAGUACACAGCCCGCCAUUACAUUAUCUUAUCACAAUUGUAUUUGCUGCAUACAAUAAAGUGGCGAAAAUUUCGUAUCCAGAAGUUGGUGAGGCUACGUGACUCUUGUGAUUUUGUUCAAUUAUUUACAAGUUAUUGUUGUUUUUUAAUCGUAGAUGAGAAUUUUGUAAUAUUACAUUUCCAUUGGGUCCCCGUAGUUAAGAGGAAUUUUAUAAAUGCUUGUUCUUGGAAAUCGCCUUUCCAAAAUAUCCUCCCUUUCAAUUAAAAAUGAUGUUAGAAAUGUACCUUACUAGAAUUUGAUACCUGUUAGCAUUAGUAGGUAUAUCGUGAUCAUUCUGGUUGGUUUAUUUUCGAGGGUACAGUGAAACGUGUUGGUGUUCAAACUGGCAGCCCAAGAAGGUGCGAGUGGCGCCCAGCGCGCACUCCAACCUAAAAAUUCGACGAAGAACCAAGGAACCCUCACUGAACUGUGCAGUGCGGAAUCGCUACCCGAAGUGGAGAUAAUCAGUCUCUUGGAGGAGCAGAUACCGAAGUACCGGCUCAGGGCUGAUACUCUUACUCAAUUCGGCGGUAAGUGUUUGCAAAUCGAAUCGAUUUUUGGUGGAAAAUGGUAUUCCAAAUUGCGGUAAUUUGUUGUUGUUUUUUUGUUCGUGUUUCGAAUCGACCGCGAGUUCUGGUGUAUCCGUUAACCGUGACAUUGUACCUAAUAAAAUCGUUUUUCUAAAUUUUCGUUAAAUUAAAUUGUACAAUUACACCGAAAAUGAUUUAUUGUUUGACGUUGUUUAAAGUACCAUAAACCAAGGACUUGUGAGGUGAAUUUAAUUUUUUGAUCGUCGACCGUAGUUGAAUUAUCGCGUUAGAUCGUACUGGAAUCGUUCGGUGUCGAUAAACGGAUUUUUUAAUUGCAACAGAUAAAACUGCAUUCAUACAUCACUUGAAAUUAUUACGAUCGAAUAAACAACAAACGAGACAAGUAUGAAGAUUUAAUUGUAAAACCUGUUUGGUCAUAAUUUCGGAUUGGUAAAGUGGAGAGUGUCAUGUGAUUGCUCGUUCAUUUUUACUUAAAAUUCCAUUUAGGCUUGUUGAAAUGUGAACGGUUAUUUAAAAAUUAGCCUAAUGACAGGUUACGAAAAUCAGGACUGGUUCAUACCUUCACCGGCUCUGGAGGUCGACGAGGCCGAUCUGAAGCUGUCCCCGGACCAGAUCCGAGAAACUUUAAAUUAUUUCCUUCUAUGUAGUGAUCGCGUGAGCCAAAUGACCAAGACCUACGAUGACAUAGAAGCAGUUACGAGGCUUCUUGAAGAGAAAGAAAAAGACUUAGAACUGACGGCCAGGAUCGGUAAGGAACUGUUGAUAACGAACAACAAAUUAGAGAAUACGGUAUCGUCGUUGGAGACAGAUUUGCGGACGGCCCACGAGAAAAUCGUCCAGCUCAGCCAUGAGGUGCAAAAGAAAACGGAACUCAUCCAGAUCCUCACCAACGACAUGGACGAGUCGGGCUUCGAGAACGGCAACAACGGCAAGAUCAACCUGGAAAUGAUGAACAAACGGAUCUUUUCGUUGGAAGACGAAAAUAAAGCGUUGAAACAGGAAUAUUGUCGUUUGGCCUCGACUGCCGAUGAUAUCGAAGCACAAGAAGCGAAGCUACUUAAGGAUUUAACAGGACAACUAUCUUGCGCAAAUUCCAGCAUGACCUAUUUAGAAGAUGAAAUCGACCGGUUGAAAGAGGAGAAUCGAACGCAACACGAACAAAUCCUGGCGUUGCAGGCGCGACUCGAAGACGCCGACGGGAAAUUGCACAAAUGCCUGGCCGAAAACGAGGAAAUCAACGGGCUGUUGCACAUCACCACCGAGAACCAAGGCAGCCUCGCCGUCGAACUGUCGGAGUUCAAGGCGCGCUACUACGAAGUCGAGGCGCUGUUGCGCGACGCCCAAGACCAGUUGCGCAAGAUGAGAAAGAAGCAACUGCCCGGCGCCAGGAUAUCCAUGUUCUCGUCGUUGGGACAAACGAAUUUGGGACCGUACGAUAGCCUUCAAAGCGAACUGGAGAUGUCCAUGCAUUCCGAUCUCAGCGGCGAUUCCGGCAUCGGUAAUCCCGACGUGCCCCAGUACAAGAAGGUGUUCGAAACGGUGCGAUGCGCCUCGCGGAACUCGCUCAGCGGCAGCGACAGCGCCGGCAGCCUCCAUUCGGGCGUGGGCGGCUACGUGAGCAGCCUGGGGGCGGCCGGCGGCGGGCCGAGGAUGAGCGCGCGCGCCCAACACGCCGCCGACUAUCGAAGAUCGUCGGCUUCGUUGUACAGCAACAGCUCGUUGGGUUAUCCCAGCAUCGAUUCCACCGGUUAUACGGAUUCCGAUUCGAGCCAGACGGAUUCCGAGGAACCUUAUCCAAGCGGGCCACAGAAGGGUAUACCCGGUGUACCCGGCGCAACCGAACUGGAAGCGGCUUUGAAACGAUUGACACCGGCCGAGGUAUUGGCUAGACGAGCGAAUCUCCAACACGGCCCUACUUUCGGAGGCUACGAAAGCGACGGUUUCCUUCCGUUCGGUUGUCGAACGCCCGAUAGUCUGAUGUCGACCGGCUCCGGUCUCUACCACUACGGUUGGAAGUUACCCGAGAAGCUGCAGAUCGUCAAACCGAUGGAAGGAUCGCAAACGUUACACCAAUGGUCGCAAUUGGCUCAACCGACCUUCGGCGGCAUACUCGAAGAACGACCGGGCGUUAAAAUCAGAGUCGGUAAAGAGUUGGAAGAACUCGGCCUGGAAUCGUACGCGCUCAGCGACUUGGAAGAGGACGAAGAGUACACGAAUCCCGGCAAAAUGUUCGAUACGUCGUUGCACACUUACACGUACACGACGAGCACCAUCAUGCAUCCCGACGACGGGACGUCGGUCACCAACAGCCAAAGGGGCAGCCGCGUGGCCUCGGUGUGUUCGAGCAUACAGCCGUCGCCGCCGCAAACGCCCCGACAGCUCAGCAGACGGAAUUCCUGUUCGACCUUUUCCACCACCCUCGGCCUCGCCAAGAUGUUGAACGAAAGAGGUAUAAAAGCAGUGACGCCGUCGUGCGUCCCGACGCCGUGCGGGCCGAACAGUUUCACGCCGACGGCGACGCCGCACAACAGUCCCGACAGCAGUCCGAUGUCGACGCGAUCGGGCUCGCCGGAGCCCUACGAGGAGUUCAGCUUGCCGCAGCUGAUACUGAGCUCGGUGCCGACGUUUUUGAGGGAGACGAUCGGCGGCGGGGCGAAGAAGAAGGUGCCGCUGGCGAGCGGCAGGCGAACGAGGCGCGAAAAGCAAGAGACCCUCGUCAGCAAGAUCGAAAGAAUGGGCAUAAACAAUCUGAUGGCGAAUCCGAGCGCUUUGUACCCGAAACCGGCGCUUACCAGCCCGAUGGCGCAACUUACGUGCCUUUUGCCCAGCCACAGCGACGAGGAGACAGCACAUAUCGGACGGAAUACCCGCAAAACUUCCAACGCUUCUGAUCCGAACGUUUCGUUACAACGCAAGGGCAGCAUGGGGGUGCCCGGGAAGCCGGGCAGCGGCGCCCUCAACAGGCGUUUGGAUCAGCUGAAUUCGAGGAAGCAGCGCAGGCAGCAGCAGGGCGGCGGGGUGACGCGGCCCGAUUUGGGCACGGUGUCAUCCUCCGUCUCGAAACCCGUCGAAGAACCGGAACAACAGACUUCCACGCUGGGCACUUUGAGUUCGCUGUUGUUCGGUAGGAAGGGCGGGUUGUUCUAGAUUCUGGAGGUUUAUGGAGUAAAAACGAUCAUCCUCUAGAGGUUGUUGAUUGAUGAAAACGAAAUUCGUAGGUUUGUUGAGUAGACUUUAAGAUUAUUUUUGAGGAAAUUAGAUUGGAGGUUGAAUAGUGUAUUUUUAAUAAAACGAAAAUUAGUCGAGCAUUUGCCGAAGUUCGAACUUAUCGCAAGUAAAAUUUCAACCAUUAAUGUUUUUUUUGCUAUUUCUAUAAUAUAGAUUGCAAUCGUUCUACUACAUAAACGCUCUUAUUCGCAAUACUAUUAAAGUGAAAAAAAAAAAUGUAUUUUCCAGUUAUCUAGAAAUUAGAUUUUAGAAUUAAUUAAAUUACUUUCGUGCAUGAUAUAUCGGCUAUUUCGGGCAAUAAUUAAAUUCGUUUUUAUUAAACGAAAUUUUUGACUAAAUAUUUUAUUACGUUGUUGAUUUGAUUUUGUUAAAAAAGAAAACUUGCAAAAUCUAUUAUGUUCUUAAUGCAAGCUGUAUUUACUUAUCACUCCUACACAUAGGUGUAGAAAAUCAUGUUUUAAUAAAAAAAUCCGUCUUUUGGAGCACAAAAUAUUUUUACAUUCUGUUUUACCGUGCUUUCUUUGGUGCUAAUUUAUUUAUAAUACUUGAUAUGAAAUGUAAAUAACAUUUUUUGUAAAUAAUAAUUUGUAAGUAGGUAACAUAUACAAAAAUGCAUUUUGUCCCUUAUUAAGAUAUACUCAUUAGUAAAGUAAAUUUGUAUUAUAUCAAGUAUUAGGUGGAUUGGUGUAUCAUUGAAAUAUUUUUGAAAAUAUUGCUUCACUCUUUAUUUUUUUCCUGCAAAUCUUUGAAAUGCCUUGUGUGCUAUUGCGUUUUUAAUAACGAAACGAUUUAGAAAUGCAGCGGUUGAAUUUUUUAUCUGUGAUGUCAAAAAUAUUUCAUUGUUUUAAUGUAAAAAAGUGAUAAACAGGGACUGUAACAGUAAGAAAUAGGCAAAUAUUCUAUUUAAAUAUUGUAAAAAGUAUUUAUUUUCUCUAGUAUUAAGUUUAGGUUUUUUUUAGUGGUCUUUAAAAAUGUAUAUAUUUUUUGCUUGAAUAUGUAUUGUAUUUGUUCUAUUGCCAAUUAAAUGAAUAAAUUAGUAACGGUCAUUAUAUAAUUUUAUCGUCGAUUUUCUGUCGAGGGGAAAAAUUCUUAUCAAAUUAAAUGCGUAUAUUAGGAUGUUAAACAAAUAUUUAUAAUUUAUUGAUUAUAAUCUUUUAUAGUAUCACCAAUUAACUAUUCUACUAACCAUUAUACAAAAAAAAUUGGAAGGAGAAAUGUUGAUUAGGUCAAAACCGAUGCGAAUUCAAAAGAGAAACCUUCAGAAAUAUUUAUGCGAAGGCCUUAUUUCAACUUCCUAGUCGUACAAAAUCAUAUUAAAAUGGACUUGUAAUAAAGCCUUCAUUUGAUAAAGAUUUAUCACAUUAGCAAUACUCACCGAAUAAUUACUUCAUGGCGAUGCUUCAGGUUACUUCGCGAGGAUACUUCAGAUUUCUCCACGAUGAUUUUGAACGAGAUUCAACUUACACCAAAUUCAAAUUAAUACAAUAUUCACUCCACGUAAAAAAAUUAUAUACAGACCAGCUGCCAAUUAAUCGUCUACAGGUACAAUAUUAUUUAAAACACUCUGAAAUAUUAACCUAAAAUUUUCCUCCAUCUUGUCUAUUGCACUAAUAAUGAAAGACAUGUGUAUUAAACUAAAAAAAAUCAACAGCCAACUGGUCGACGAAUUUUUAAGAACCUAUUUACAGCAGGUUGCUCUAGUUUUCACCAUAUUAUUUUGUAUCACCCAACAUUCGAUUCGUCAGUUUAAUAAAUCUUAAGCCUCAAAUCUGUAUGGUAAAAACUAGCGAAUUUCGAAGGUUCCAAGUAAAUAGAAUCGCUAUUUACAUUAGUUACAAAUAUAAAUCAUUUUACAUGAUUGUUUAAAUCAAAAGCAAUAAUACAAGAAUUGUACAUUCACAGAUAUGUCUAAAAUAUGUUUAAGGAAGAACUUGACAUAUUCAUGCGUGCAAAUAUAAUGCGUGAAACCGAUUCUCAAACGAAACGGUUUUAAAAUUUACUGCAGAUGAACAAUAUAAUAUAUAGCCUGCUUAUUUCAUGCAUGGAAAAUGUUAAGAAACAAUCCUAACAAAUAAAUAUUACUCUUGUAUUAUUGCGCGUCGUUACCCUAACGAUAAAUACAAUUAAACGUUUACAAUUUUUGCCGAUAAAAUUUUCAAUUAAACGAUUAGUUAAAAUUAAUCAUCGUACAAUCCUGUACAUAUUUGUUCCAUAAACCAGCAUUCCGAUAACUAGUUAUUUGCGACAAGUUUUCUUUUAUCUAAAUUCUACUAUACGAAUACGUUUACUCUAAAAGAGAAAUAAUAAAGUCUAUUCCGUUAAAUAAAAAACUUGUCUUAGUUUGUGUUCUAACAAGAGGCCUGGACUCUUCUGAGUUUUUUUUUUCGACUCAGCGAGUCUGAAAUUUCGUUAGAACAAACCUAAAUAUUGUUCCAGAUACAACGAUUCGUUAUGAAAUAGACUUCCUUAGUUCAUCGUAUCUUUAGCGCUAUUACAUAAUUUUACAUAAGCGAAAAUACAAAUGUGUAUGUUCAAGCUUGGUAAUAUUUAAUCUCAAGUAUAUUUUAAUUUUAACUAGCCUAAAUCAGUUGCGUAGAUGUAUCCUUGCUGUUGAAGCACGAACAAGC